GCCGGGAAGAUGAAGACCUGCCUGCUGCCCGGGGUGGCUCUCUGCCUCCUGCUGGGGCCUCUGGCGGGGGCCAAGCCCGUGCAGGACGAGGCAGACCCCUACGCGGAGCUGCCCGCCAUGCCCUACUGGCCCUUCUCCACCUCUGACUUCUGGAACUACGUGCAGUACUUCCAGACCCUGGGCGCCUACCCCCAGAUCGAGGACCUGGCCCGCACCUUCUUCGCCCACUUCCCCCUGGGGACCACCCUGGGCUUCCACGUCCCCUAUCAGGAGGACUGA